AUGGAGCCUGAACCCACCUUUGAUAUGUGGAGGGAUUACCUGGGUUUGGCAGCUGUGUUGGUGGCUUUACCACGUCAACGUGAAAACACCGCCACGGUGACACCAUCACCAUCAUCACCACCAUCAUCAACCAAGGAACCGGCAUCACCAGCACCUCCUGGUAAAACCAUCUGUGCCUUCUGCAAACACAACGGUGAAGCCAGAGCUGUUUAUGGUGGCCACAGCCUGCGGGACGCGGCGGGACGUGUCCAGUGUCCUGUUUUAAGGAGCUACGUGUGUCCCCAGUGUGGUGCCACCCAGGACCGUGCCCACACCAAACGCUUCUGUCCCCUCACCCACCGCGGUUACACCUCGGUCUACAGCCGCGGCGGUGCCGGGAGACGGACCACGGUGACCACGGUGACCACGGUGACCACGGUGACCACGAGU